GAUUUAUCAUACCGUCUCCUCUCAACGAAAGCUUACAAAAAAUUCACCCUAAAUACUUUAGUUUAUAAAUAAAGCUCCCAAAAUCUAAGAGAGGAGAAGACAAAGACUUACAAGAAAAAAGGCAUCAUAAUGGCCAAAUUCUUCAUCGUGUUCCUUGCCUCUGCCCUAUGUUUCACCACCCUCCUUCACUUGGUGGCCGCUGAUGCCGACGACUUUGACCGUUUCAACAUCACGGGCUCCGUCUACUGCGACACAUGCCGCGUCCAAUUCGUUACCCGCCUCAGUAAAUUCCUCGAAGGGGCAAAGGUAAAGCUUGAGUGCAAGAGUCGUGUGAACCAGACAGUGACACUGACCAAAGAAGCUGUGACUGACAAAGACGGAAAAUACCAGAUGGAAGUUAUGGGAGACCACGAAGAGGAACUGUGCGAGAUCAUCCUCGUCCAAUCACCGGACGCAGAGUGUGGCGAAGUGAACAACGAAGAGUUCCUAAGAAACGCAGCAAGGAUCAGUCUCACGGCUAACGAUGGCAUUGUCUCUAAUGAGAUUCGAACCAUUAACCCACUUGGGUUCAUGAGGAAGACUCCUCUCGCCGAUUGUCCUCAAGUUUUCAAGGAGCUUGGAAUCGUCCCUGACGUCAUCUUCUAAGCUUAAUACCGAUAUACAUCGAUCUCUGAACAAUUUUAAUUUUUGUUGUAACUCUUUACAUUUCGUAUAUAACAACAUUUAUAUUUGAUUUCACAUGUUAUGGGUAAAAGAUACUUAACUAACGCUGUUUUCUUCUGUUUCA